CCAUAAUAAAAAUAAUGAAUUUGGAGAGAUUCCCCUUCUCCAAUCCCUCCACUCCAGCUCCAGCUCCAGCUCCUGGUUUUUCAUCGCUGUCACUUUCCCCCCUCUCUCCAUUUUCUCAGCACAUUUUCCUUCUCCCCAAACAUCCCUUCCUCCCCCACUAGCUUCCACUUUUGUUCUCAUUUCUUCAUCCUUCCCGAGAACUUGUCUUCUCCCUCCUUGGAUGCUUCUUCUUUCCCACUUCUCGAUUCAAAACACUCCCCCCCUUUCUUUCUUCCCCUCUUUUGCCUCGCGAUUCCAAAAAUUCCCUCUCUCUAUCCUCAAGCAAACUUCCCUUUUCUCGCCCUUCUUUUCAGUUCCUCCCUCUCCCGCUUGCCCUGUCUUUACUCGCGGCUAACGGCGGGAGUAAUGAUUUGAGCUCGAGGUGGGCUUUUCCGCGUUCAAAAUUUGAGCUUGGUGAAGAGGGAAAAGGAAAGUGGUAGUUUGGAGCUUUUCCCCCAUGGGGAUUGGAUUUAGGGUUAGGAUUUAGUUAGUGGGUGAUUUUGGAUUCUUUUCUGGAUUGGGGAGAGAGGUGAAAGCGAAAGAGUAGAGAGAGAGAGACAGUGCGAGGGACGGAAUUAUGCCAUUGGAGGUUGAAGAUGGAGGAGGAGUUCAGUACUCUUUUGCUCUCGAAUACGACGGUCCUCCGGUGCUGUACGAUCUACCUCAAGCUGUCCCGAUCAACGUCAGCGAAAUCCCUGUCGCCGCCGUCGUCUCGCCGCUCGCUCUCCCUGGUAGGUUUCCUUUGCCUGUUGUCAAGCCGCUGUUGGCCGCCAGCGAGGAUCCGAGCAAGGUUCUGGGGACGAAGGAGCUCAAAUCUGUGUCCGUGUCACUGUCACCGACUUCCGUUAUUGGUAAUUUGAACGGGGAGGAGUCGAGGUCGGAUGAGACGGCGUCCACGGUUUCUCCGACUUCGGUAAUCGAGAGGGCAGCGGAGAAUAAUCCGGAGUCCGGCGAGUUGAGUAGCUCCGGCGGGUUGGAGUUCUCGACUGGGCGGUGCGGACCCAGCAGCUCCGGCGCCAUUGAGUUCUCCGACAGCUUCGGUAACAAGUCGCGGGAGAGUUUGGCGACGGUUAGGGUUUCGGAGGAAUUGAAUCAAGAGUGGGAAUCGAAUGAGUCGGUUCUCAGCAUCGAGUACCCUUCUUCCAGGGUUUCCAGUGUCAAAGCAGCUUCUGGGGAGUGUCACAGCGAGUUGAUUAACGGUCAUGGAGAUGUCAGAAGAGCCCAAGUUGUCAAAUUUGCUAAUGUUGAUUCGGAUGGAGACGACCUUGGAGAUGGCGAAGUUGACGACGUAGAGUACUGUGAAGAAGAACAGCCCAGGAUUGUGCAAGUUAAGAGAGAGCCUCAGAGCAAAGGGAAGAAGGGAACUUGUUAUAGAUGCUUUAAGGGGAAUAGAUUUACAGAUAAGGAGGUCUGUCUUGUUUGUGAUGCCAAGUAUUGCAAUAUUUGCGUGCUUAGAGCUAUGGGAUCCAUGCCUGAAGGAAGAAAGUGUCUUAGUUGUAUCGGGUACCCUAUCGAUGAAUCCAAUAGGGCUAAUCUAGGGAAAUGUUCAAGAAUGCUCAAAAAGUUGCUGAAUGAUUUGGAGGUUCGCCAAAUAAUGAAGGCGGAGAAGUUCUGUGAGGCAAAUCAGUUACCUCCAGAGUAUAUCUGCGUGAAUGGGAUGCCUCUUUGUCACGAGGAGUUGGUCCUUCUUCAGACUUGUGCUAACCCGCCAAAAAAGUUGAAACCGGGGAACUAUUGGUAUGAUAAAGUAUCCGGUCUUUGGGGAAAGGAGGGACAAAAGCCUUGUCAAAUCAUUAGCGCUCAUCUAAAUGUGGGAGGUCCAAUAGAUACAAAUGCCAGCAAUGGAAACGCAAAUGUUUACAUUAAUGGUCGGGAGAUCACCAAAACCGAACUCAGAAUGUUGCAGUUGGCAGGAGUUCAAUGUGCUGGCAACCCUCAUUUCUGGGUGAAUGAGGAUGGGUCAUAUCAGGAAGAAGGUCAGAAGAACACUAAGGGCUAUAUUUGGGGCAAGGGUGCAAUGAAGCUUGUCUGUACAUUCCUGUCAUUGCCAGUUCCUUCGAAAUCUUCUAAUUUUUCCGAGGAGCAAGUGAAUAGCCUACUGAGCAGAAGUAUUCCUGAUUAUCUCGAGCAGCGGACACUUCUAAAGUUUCUCUUAGUUGGAUGUAGUGGAUCUGGAACAAGUACCAUUUUCAAGCAGGCGAAGAUUCUUUACAAACCCAUUCCUUUCACCGAGGAUGAACGAGAAAAUAUUAAGUUGACCAUCCAAAGCAAUGUGUAUGGUUAUCUUGGUAUUCUCCUUGAAGGCCGUGACCGUUUUGAAGAGGAGACUUCGUCUGAAGCAAAGAAAGAACAAUUGUCAAAUCAAACCGAUUCCACUGCAGGUGAUGGUAGCAGUAAUAGCUCCAAGACUGUAUACACUAUUGGGCCGAGGCUAAAAUCAUUUUCAGAUUGGCUUUUAAAGACCAUGGUGUCAGGAAACCUGGAAGCAAUUUUCCCUGCUGCCACUCGAGAAUAUGCACCGUUGGUUGAAGAGUUGUGGAGAGAUUCAGCGAUUCAAGCAACAUACAAGCGAAGAAGUGAACUGGAAAUGCUGCCUAAAGUAGCUAGCUAUUUCUUAGAGCGGGCAGUUGAGAUAUUAGUACCAGACUAUGAACCCUCAGAUUUGGACAUCCUCUAUGCUGAGGGUGUUACUUCAUCUAAUGGUUUGGCUUCUCUAGACUUCUCAUUUCCUCAGUCAACAUAUGAUGACCAUGACGAGCAGCUUGAUUCUCUGCUUAGAUACCAACUGAUCAGGCUUCAACCACGAGGAAUCGCUGAAAACUGCAAGUGGCUAGAGAUGUUUGAAGACAUUGGGAUGAUCAUCUUCUGUGUCUCCUUGAGCGACUAUGACCAGGUCUCUUUUGAUAUCAACGGUUCUCCCACCAACAAGAUGAUGCAGAGCCGAAAGUUCUUUGAGACCAUCGUGACACAUCCGACAUUUGAGCAGAUGGACGUCCUUUUGCUACUAAACAAGUUCGACGUGUUUGAGGAGAAAAUGGAGCGGGUUCCGCUGACGAAAUGUGAGUGGUUUGACGAUUUCCAUCCCAUCAUAAGCCACCAUCGUUCGACCAGCAACACCCGCAGCAGCAGCAACAUCAACCACAGCCCUUCGCUCGGCCAGCUGGGUUUCCACUACGUUGCUGUGAAGUUCAAGCGGCUUUAUGCAUCGCUCACUGGUCGAAAGUUGUUUGUCUCGAUGGUCAAAGCUUUGGAGCCCGAUAGCGUGGACUCGUCCUUGAAGUAUGCAAGGGAGAUCAUGAAGUGGGAAGAAGAGAGACCAAAUUUCAGCUUGAGUGAGUAUUCUAUCUACAGCACCGAAGCGAGUUCAUACUCUCCUUGAUCGAGCAUGUUUGGGAAUUGCUCCACACUGUGUACAUAAAAUGGCCGUGUAAAUGAAGCAAGUUAAAAGCCAGAUAUAUGAAUGUACAAGCUAUCUCUUAUUAGGUACCACAAUACCAUGCUUGUCUGUUUUAUUUGUUUUGCCCUUGAUAGAUGAUUACCAAAGACCUUCGUCACAGAUUUGGAAGUGGAAAGCAUUGAGAAGUGUUCGGUUUUUCGUGAUUGUAGCGAGUUUCAUCUUUUUGGCAGGAUUCAGUUCAUCUGUAAUUGUAAACCCUUGAAUCUUGAUACAAGCUGAAAGUAGGUCUAUUACAUGCUCGUGAUCUUGCUUCAUCAGCUUUUUUAUGGCGUAACAGUGAAACUAUUUGGAUGAGAAC